ACCUCACCUGCAUUUAGGAAGAGCUUCCGCUGUUCCUUUGAAGAGACAUGUGAUGCUUGAUAUUAUUCAGAUAGCAUUAUUAUUGCUGUUGACUUGUUUGUAUGCAUGCAUGGGGGAAAAUAAAACAGGCUAAAAUAAUUAAAAUUUUUGAAAUUGAUACACCUGUUUCCUUACGUUCCCCACUCCGCGGGCACAUGCAUGUUUACAUUGGUCUACGGUAAGUUACACUGCGGCUGCUAAGCGCGAGUGGAUUUUACCCCAACACUGAGAGAAAAUGACGUGAGAUUCAGCCUUGGAGACAACCGAUCUUUUGCACAGGACGCAUAGAAUGGCAACCAAGGUGAUCUAUUUCACCGUUGCCGGGAAAGAAGAACAGGCAGAAUUCCGAAGCACGGAUAACCAAGACGAUGUCAGAGAUAUAUUCCGCGCUGCGGCUGAGGCGGGUCCUCACGACAUUCUCAAACUGUACAACACCAAAGGCAACCUAAUUAAUAUCUCCUCAAAGCUUGAACAGAAUACUCCCGAAUCCCGCUACAAGUUGGAUGUGGUUGCCGCCCAAUGUACGGAUUCCUCCAUAGCAGAACAGCUUGGCUUUAACAUUCACAAUGUGGAAUCCAGACUUCAGAAUUUGGAAAAGAAAAUACUGGUGGACAAAGGAGACACCCCUUCCCUUGUAUAUGAUAUUAGGCACAAAGUGGAAGAAUUUAGGGAAAGAUUAGAGCAUGUAGACCAUUUAAGCUGGCUCGGUCUUUCAAAAGACAUCUCUGUGAAGACGUCCCUCAAGCCAUUUUGGGACAAAAAUAACUCACCAAAGCAAAAUGACGCACAUUAUAAGAGGAUUUUUGAGAAAUUUAAAAAGAUGAGCACUGUUCAGGUAACGGAUGAAGUGAGAGAUUAUCUGAAAAAGCCGACAUUCGAUAACUGGCAGUGGGACGAUGCAGAAAUGCUGAUAUUAUUGCAGCAGAUGUACAUAGAUCUGGGGUUCCUCACAAAGUUCAACAUAGAGCUCUCAGUGCUGCAGCAUUGGCUGUUUGAGGUGUACCGCCAUUACAAUCCCGUUCCCUUUCACAACUUCAAACAUUGUUUCAUGGUGGCUCAAAUGAUGUAUGGAAUGACCUGGUUAAUAGAUCUGUCCAGCUACAUUGAUGAUUUAGAAGUCUUAGUCCUCAUUACCUCAGCUAUAUGUCAUGAUCUGGGGCAUCCAGGGUAUAAUAAUGCCUACCAGAUCAAUGCAAGAACAGAGCUGGCUCUGCGCUACAAUGAUAUCUCUCCUCUGGAAAACCACCACUGUUCUGUUGCCUUCGAGAUUCUGGAGAAGAACAAUGCAAAUAUAUUCAGGAAUGUACCAGUCGACACAUUUAAAAGAAUCAGGGAAGGCAUGAUCAAGUGCAUUCUAGCCACAGAUAUGGCCAAACACUCUGAGAUUGUCAACAAUUUCAAGUCACUCAUACCAAACUUUGAUUUUAAGAACAAAGAACACAAAUCUCUGCUAAUGAUGAUCCUGAUUAAGGUGGCAGAUAUUUCAAAUGAGGCACGUCCACUGGAGGUGGCAGAACCUUGGCUGGACUGUCUCCUUACAGAGUUCUUCACACAGAGUGAUGUGGAGAAGCUGGAAGGAUUGCCCGUUGCUCCUUUUAUGGACCGGGAAAAAGUCACCAAAUCAUCGUCUCAGAUGGGCUUUAUCAAAUAUGUUCUUCUUCCUCUUUUCGAAGCUCUGGGAGAAUUAUUUCCAUGUAUAGAGGAGCAGAUUAUAGAACCUGUUCGUAUAGGUCUGAAGUACUACACAGACAUGCACAGCGCACAACAGGAAGAACUAAUUAAGAGGCGGGGUAGCCGGGAACUCACUGGAGAACUCACAGACGAACUCAGGUCUGCGUUAGACAUGCCAAAGAUUGAAGAGACAGAAAUUGCUUCCCCGGCAGGUGCCAGUUAUAGUAAACCAGAGAACGGAAAAAUCAAAUCCUGAUACUGUUUAUGUUGUUGGCAUGAAAUUGGGGGAAUAAUUAUUUGCCAAAAAGGUUGAAGUAAGCAAUCAACCAAUGUAUAUUAUUGCAAACUGAUUGAAGAACAACAUUAUUUGCCCAAAAAAGGCAAAAGCAGCAGACCAACAGUGAGUUAUAUUCGCUGAAAAAAAAAAAGAAAAACAAAGCAAAAAUGGCUUUUUAUGGAGAGUGAAAAUGUUAAAAUCAUUUGAACAAAUGAGUAGGUGACCAAGAAGCAGCAGUGUCCUCUUUUUAUAUGCUGCAGUAUGCUAGCCAGUUUAGAAACUUGAGAUGUAUCCAUAGAUACCAGCAACUUAUUUUUAAGAAAGAAGUUGGGACACAAGGGUUUGCUUGUAAAAUCUUGGUUGUUAUAUCGAGGGAAAGGAACAAUUCUUUCACCAAGUUACAUUUCACUGCCGAAGGAAGCGGGUAAUGAUGGACAAAAAAAUGUCUCCUCACCAUUCAAACUGAAAUUAAAUGUAGAGAUGUUUGCGUGAUGAACAGUGUAACUGGCCCCAGCUUCACAAAAAAACUUGUCUAAGAACUUAAUUACCAUGGUUACAUGGUCACAUGGGCACAUCUUACCCUAUCAGGAGUAGUGUAA